GGUAUGUUUGCUUCCUUGCGCGUUAGGGUUUUGUUUCCUCAAUCCAAAUGUGUUUCUCAGGCUCACCAUGACGAAGGAGCCUUCCAAAGUUAUUCAUGUUCGUAAUGUCGGGCAUGAAAUAUCUGAGGAUUCACAACCAAACCAAGUUCUCUUAGUUACAUUUCAUCAUCAGCUCUAUCCUAUAACAGACGAAGUUCUUCACCAAGUUUUUUCUCCCCAUGGAUUUGUUGAGAAGAUAGUGACCUUUCAGGAGGCAGCUGGGUUACAGGUUCUUAUCCAGUACCAGGAUUGCCAAAGUGCCACCCGAGCCAGGACUAUGCUGCAAUCUAUUUUCUGCUGGUAUACUGUUGACGGGCCUCAGCAUUCACAACCCAGCCGAAUUCUCUUAGUUACGAUUCAUUACCUGGACUAUCCUAUAACAGAGGAAGUUCUUCAUCAAGUUUUUUCUCCUCAUGGAUUUGUUGAGAAGAUUGUGACCUUUCAGAUGGAAACUGACUUGAUUUUAUUGGUAACCAUGAAGAUCCUGCAAUAUCUUUUGUUAAUUGCUUUAGGCUUUAAUGUUGUUGCCACAUUGAUGCAAGAUUUCACGCUUAUAUCAAGUACGACACUUGCGAAAGUGCUGUUCUAGCUAGAAACAUGCUGCAAGGGCGCAGCAUUUAUGCUGGUUGCUGUCAACUUGAUAUCCAGUUCACCUAGGAUUCCACCAAUCCAUCUUUGCCCAAUGAACAGUAAGGCAUGCCAUUGCAAGGAGUCUUUCUAUACAUUAUGCUAGAUAUUUAUGGACCCGCAUUUGUUUAAUGCAUCAUUUAAGAAUAUGAUUUAGGAACAUUGUUACUUAACCGAUUGAGAGAGAGAGAGAGAGAGAGAGAGAGAGAGAGAGAGAGA